AUGAGCGAGGAUGGUAACGGCGCGGGCACGGCGCCGCCGCCUCGGUCGGUCGACGAUUUUGCUGAUGCACAAGUUGGCGCGCCGGUGGCCGUUAACCGCGUGGCAAUUCGAUUGCCGCCAUUUUGGCCGGACGACCCCGAAGUCUGGUUUGGACAAGCAGAGGCGCAGUUUCACGUGUCAGGUAUUAAGGACGACGCCACGAAAUUUUAUUGCGUCGUUGCACAACUCGAUCACAGGUAUGCCAAAGAGAUUAAAGGUAUUAUUAAGAAUCCCCCAGCUACUGAUAAGUACCCAAAGUUAAAGGCUGAAUUAACUAAGUACCUGUGUGUUUCCCGUCAGCAACAGAUUACCCAGGUGCUGUCUAAUGAGGAACUGGGGGAUCGUAAGCCCUCACAAUUUCUGCACCAUUUACAGCAUUUGGCUGACGGCGGAAUGAACGACGAGUUUAUGAAAAGUAUGUGGAUGAAAAGGCUACCGACGCAUGUUCAACCUAUUUUAAUUUCGCAGGCCUCAGCUAGUUUGGAGGAGCUAGCAGAUCUCGCCGACAGAAUUUGCGAGGCCACGUCACCGUCGCCGCCAUUACACGUUGCGGCCGCGACGUCCGAUUUCGGCGGGUUAUUGAAACGCAUCGACGACCUGACACGUGCACAGUCCGAGAUGACUAAGCAAAUUGCGCAAAUGUCCAUGCAUCAAGGCCGAGGGCGCUCAACAUCUCGUCGAGGAGGCAACGCGAGAUCGAGGAGCAGGGGUCGGAGCCGAAGUAGAACUGCAGGUACGUGCUGGUAUCAUUCUAUUUUUGGUGAAAAAGCGAAGAAAUGCACUACCCCCUGCAACUACUCGUCGGGAAAUGCAAACGGCUGUCAGUAA